AUGAAACUCGAGAAAAGUAUCAAGUACGGAAGGGCAAUGAAUAAAGCUAGACACUUGUGCCUCACUGGCAUUGGCAACCCUGAGCCAAGUUACAAGGGCACCCGCCAUAACGUGGGCCUCACCGUGUUGGACCUAUUGAUCAAGCAAUUGGUACCGAGAGAUCAGCAUGUAUUCCGCAGAGAGGGUAAAGUUCAUGUACUCAGGACACCUACGAUAACAUUCAUAAGAUCAGAUAUCGGUUUCAUGAACCUCAGUGGUCGCAGUGUGGUGCCUAUGUGGCAGAAAUUGUACACUGAUCACACCGAUUACGCUGUGAUCCACGAUGAGCUCAGCUUGAGGACAGGUGCCCUGCAACUAAGACAACCUCAGGCCAGUCUCCGAGGCCACAAUGGACUCCGGGAUAUAUCAGCACACUGGCGCCACCAGUACUACAAGCUGGCCAUUGGCAUCGACAGACCUGAGUCGCGAGACCCGCAGGCGGUGGCCGACUACGUACUCAGUAAAGUACCCCAGCGCGAUGCCACUUACAUAGAGAACACUACAACGUCUAAGGCACUCGAGCUGCUGCAAAGACAGUUCCCAUAUAUAUAA